GCAGAGGGUGGUUUCGACAUCUUCCUUUGGUCAACGGUGCUUACAGCCGUCGGCGGGUCCAUGACAAUGUUUAUCGGCUACCAGGCGCCAUUCAUCAUUCCUUCAAGCUUCACGCUCUUGAUUGAGGUGAACAGCUGCCUCUUCGAUGCCGGCACCAUCAUCUUCCCACUGCUCAAGGUGUUGUACGACUUGGGUGUGCCGUUCAGCGCAUUCUUUUGGGCAUACACGGUGCUGGGAUUCAUCUGCUACUCGCUCUUCUCAGUCUCCUGGGGCAUGAACCAGAAGGAGCUUGACGAGAUCCGCGCUGCUGCAGGUGGCGACGACCAGGAAGGGCCCGAGCAUCAUCGCCCUCUGGAACAGCGAGGCAUGUUGGCGCAGCUGAAGAGCUUCGAGUUCGUCUCGAUUUUCAUCUACAGCAUCGUCAUGGUCCCCCGGGCCAACAUGUACAUGGGCACUUUUUCCUUGAUCAAUCGCCGCUUUGCGCAGGCCGAAGGUACAAUGUCCAGCCUCAACUUUGUCAACACCGUUACAGGCUUCGUCAUUCCAUUCGGUUUCGUUGCUGUGCCGCUGAUCGAGCUGUGCAUGCACAGGCUCGGCACGUUGUGGACAGUGCAGCUGACAACCCUGAUUGGUGUCGUCUACAAUCUUCUGCAGCUGGUGCCCAGCCUUCACCUGCAGCUAGUGGCGGUUGUGAUCUUCGCGGCUUGGAGAGCCUUCCUCUACAGCACCAUCAGUGCUUUCAACGGAGAGAUCUUCGGCGUGAAGACCAUGGGCCGAAUCAUGGGUCUCUGCUUUGUCUUCUCCGGGCUCACGAACAUGGCCACCGGGCCGCUGGUAAAUGCGGCAGUGGACUCUGGG